AUCCUCACGUUAAUUUUCCCUUCUAUCUGUUGUGUUUGUCUUCACCUCCAGAUUUUCAUUCCCUUUUUGAUUUUUUUCUCACCGUCGAUUCGCCGGAGCUCUGAUCCGGUUCCGGAACCUGUCUUCUUCUCUCCUUCUCCUUCUCCCCUUUCUCCAUUAGUGCAAUUGGAAUCCUCUCUCGUUCUCUUCCGUUUGCGGCAUUGGCGUUGAUUUGAUUGAGGCUAAGGCCGGUUCUGUUCCAAGCAGAGCAACAAUUGGCAUCGAAGGAGCUUUGUUAAUCCGUCAGGGAAUGGAGGGAGUGGAUUCGUUUGUGCGUUGUGAGUUCUGAGCCUUGAGGAGCUCGGAAGGUUCUGAACUUGGGAGGGAGGAAGGGAGAUGGUCCUCAUUCGGAGAGUUUCGUCGACUUUCCCUCGAGUUUUUGCGUUUGCGAAUAGGUCCUUGUGUUCUUUGAAUUCUCCGGGCGAGUCCUUGGAUUUACCGACCUCUUCCUCUUUCACUCAUGGAAUCCAUGUCUUCCAUUGUCCUGAUGCCAUGGGAAUCGUUGCUAAGCUAUCGGAAUGUAUAGCUUCCAGAGGGGGAAACAUACUCGGCGCCGAUAUUUUUGUCCCUGAAAACAAGAACGUCUUCUAUUCCAGAAGCCAGUUUCUUUUUGAUCCUUGUAAAUGGCCUAGGAUGCAAAUGGAUGAAGACUUCCUUAAGAUUUCCAAAACAUUUAACGCUUGGAAAUCUGUUGUCCGAGUACCAGAUCAAGACCCCAAGUAUAAGAUUGCAAUUCUUGCUUCAAAACAGGAUCAUUGUCUGGUUGACUUACUUCAUCACUGGCAAGGAGGGAAACUUCCAGUGGAAAUAACUUGUGUUAUAAGUAAUCACGAUAGAGCCCCCAACACCCACGUGAUGCGAUUUCUUGAAAGGCAUGGUAUUGCUUAUCAUUAUUUGCACACAUACAAUGAUAAUAAAAGAGAAGGAGAGAUAUUGGAAUUGGUGAAGAAUACUGAUUUUUUAGUACUCGCCAGGUAUAUGCAGGUAUUGUCUGGUAGUUUCUUGAGGAGCUACAGAAAUGAUGUGAUUAACAUCCACCAUGGUCUUCUGCCUUCAUUCAAGGGUAGUAAUCCUUCAAAACAGGCGUUUAAUGCUGGCGUGAAGUUAAUUGGUGCUACAAGCCAUUUUGUGACAGAAGAACUCGAUGCUGGACCAAUCAUUGAACAGAUGGUUGAGAGGGUUUCCCACAGAGAUAAUUUGCAGAGUUUUGUGCAGAAGUCAGAGACCUUAGAAAAGCAAUGUCUAACGAACGCAAUUAAAUCAUACUGUGAGCUGCGCGUUUUGCCAUACGAGGAAAACAGAACUGUCGUUUUUUAAGAGGAAAAGGAUGCAUCCAUUUGAAGUAUGUCAAAAUAUCUUCAACGGCUCGAGAGGAGAGACAUUAAUAUUCUGGUUGCAGCUCGAGGACGUGGCUUAUUUUGUAAGGAGUAGCAUGCUUGUCAAUUUCCAAGUACAAUUAUAAAUUGGGCAUGCUCAAAAAGUAAUUACUCGUGGUCCAGAAUUACUAUUGGGUAAGGAAGAAAAUAACAUUUCAUUUUCAAAGGUCAAUGUUGCUUAGAAAUAAUGAUGAAUCAAAGUAAAAUCAUGUCCCUUUUUUUGGUUGAGAUGAGAUUAGAUUCUUUUGGAUAUGAUUAUUAAGUUCAUUAGCAGUUUGUUUAAUUUGGAUUAGCAAAUAAUUGAUGCCCAAAUAAUAUGACUUUAGAUAAAAAGAAAUUAUUACAAGUAA